AUGGAAACUAAAGAUAAAUCUAUAUAAUUAAUCCUCUAAAAAUUAAAAGAAUAAAACUUACCGCCUUUAAUAUUAAGAAAGUAGAUAAAUCAUUAACUUCUAGAUUAAAAGCUUACUAAAGAAGCCUCAAUAUCAGGUACUUUACUAUCUUAAAACCUUGAAGAAAUACAAAAGUUGAAAGACUUUUCUAGAGAAAUAUCUAAAGAAGGCUUUUUAAAACCAAAAGAACACUUAAUAUUAUAAAAAUUUCAAAUAUAUAACCACUUGAGAAUAGGAGAUAAAUUCCCUGAAAUAAAAGACAAUUUUGUAGACUUGAACUCAGGUCAACUUACCCAUUUAGUUCACUAAUAAAAUUAAAUAUUAUUAAUAAUUUUAUGGUCUUCAUAGUAAAAAAGUUCAUAUUAAUAAGUCUAAAAGGCAUUUUCAAUAUCUAAUAAAUACAAAGAUUAACUAAAAAUAAUUGACUUAAAAUUAUAACUUCCUAUUCACGUUGGUAAUUUAGGAAAAAUACAUGAAAAAGUAGGUUUAAAAAAUGUUUAUUUGUAAAAUGAAAUUUCUUUGUCUUUAAAAUUAACACCUUAAAAUUAUUUAACUAUAGGAGUUGAUCUUUAAGAAGAUAUUUAAGAAUACCCUAAAAAUGUUUAUUAAGAAGUUAAAAAGAAUCUUUUUUAAAAGGAAAUUCAGUAAGAAUUUUUCGAUCUUAAUUUAGAUUACUAACCUUUGUUUUCUAUAAGUAUGGUUAGAUAUAAAGUAUUCGAUUAAUAAGGAAAUUAAAUAAAAAAAGUUUACUAAAAACCUGUUUUAAAGUACGCUGUUAGAAUUAAUGAUUAGGAAAAAUUCAAUAAUUUAUUGUUAAAAAAAAUAUUAGAAAAAUUACCUAAGAAUGAUCUUAUAGAAAUAGAAGAUACCAUAAUUGAUACUGUAGAUAUUAAGGAAGGAAACCAAUGUCAUGUUUGUUCUAAUAAACUUGAAAAACCUUAUUAUUUCAAUUACUUUUUGAAUAAUUAUGUUUGUUUGAAAUGUGGGGAUGAAAAAGAUAUUUCUAAAAAAAAUAUAGAAUAAUAUAAAGUGCCACAUAAUUUAAUAUUAAUAAAUACUUCAAAUACUGAAUAUUUAAAUAAUAUUGAUCAAGACAGAUUAGGUAAAGAUAUACAACCUGAAGUUGAAUAAAAAUUUAUUUUUCCAAGUCAUGCAAUGAUAAUUUGUAAUGCUUGUAAAAUACAUCCGAAAAUAAGAUAUAUUUGUUUAAAUUGUCUUCCAGGGCCUUUCGAUAAAAAUAAAGGAUAUGUUGAUUUAUGCUAAGAUUGUGCAAAAAAAUGCCAUUUAAAUAAAGAUAAAUAUACUUUAGAAAAAAUUAAUAUGUAAGGAGAAAAACAUAAUAGUGAGCAUUUGCUUUUAAAGGUACUUUAUUUCCAUGGAAAAUAUAAUUUAUAUUGAAUAUAAAAAGAUAAAUAAAUAAAUAUUUAAAUUCAUUUUUUUAAAAUAAAUUCAUCAAAUUUUAUUUAUAUUAGGUAAUUUAAUAUUUAUAUGUUUUAAAGAGUAUAUUUAU